AUGAAGACUACUUACGGUGAUUCGUACAACACGUCGUUUAACCGACCACGUGAGUUUUAUGAUUUAUUUCUUACAAUUAUUAUAGUUAUUCCGUUCGCAAUGUGACAUUACAUUUCUCGUAUAUACAGUUUACAAUUAAAAUAACGCGAAUCAAAUAAAUCGCAAAGAGUUAGGCAGUAGUAUGGCAAUUAAAGAUUCUGAGUGGAGCGAAGAAUCGUAUGGUUUUACAAUGCGUUUAAUAUAUUUAUUUUCUAUUAGUAUGCACAGCUAAUCCACCAAAAAUUUUUACCCGAUUUUCAAUGAAGAUACUUUUCUAAAAAAAAACCAGGAAUGGAAAGAUAAUUUUCAAUUUUCUUAGGAGUUUGUCUAAUAGAUGGCAAUAACAGGCAAAUAAAUACAAUACUCAACAAAUAUUAUUACCAAAAAUAUAAAAUACAAAUGUAAUUAUAUGACUAUAAUAUGACUUUCAAAUAUUUUUAAUGAGGCAAAGCUAUCGACCGAACACCGCUCAGAAUCGUUCUUUCGUCAGCAAAUUUUACCGAUCUAACAAAAACUAUUAGUAUUAUAUGAGUUUGCAUCGUUUAAAUAAAUUAACUACCUAUAUUUCAUUCUUAUCGUUUUAAUGAAAACGUAACAAUUUGAAAAAAAGAAGAAGGAGGUCUGUCUCAAAAUUCUACACCAGAUACCGUGAAGAAGACGAAAACGUCUCACGAUGAUUCGUACAACUCGUCGUUUAACCGACCACGUGAGUUUUAUGAUUUAUUUUAUUGGCGGUGUGAAAUCGCAUUUCUUAUAGAUAUAGUUGGUCAUGUUCCUCGAGGUAACCGUCUAUAAACUUUCAUUUUUACUAUUUUUAUAAAUGAUUUAUCUAAUGUUAUCAAAAAGUCUGAUAUUAUUUUUAUUUACUUUAAAUGCCAAACCUUUAAAAAAAAAAAUUAAAACUCAAUCAAGAUGCUAUCGAUUUACAAACGUAUUUUAACAACUUACCAAAACGGUGUGAAACAAAUUUUCUUUUUUUAAAUAUUUAAAAAUAUAAGGUAAUUCUGUUCAAUUUAACCAACUACCCACUUAAUUUAGGCCGUUCAUUAUCUAAUUUUAUCCUGGAAAUUGUCUUUAAUUUCAAUGUUUAACUUGUGCAUCAUUGAUAAACAUAAUUGAAAACAUUGUUUCACGGAAAUUCGGAGCUGUUUAACAGAAAUGGUAGAUUGGUAGUUAUCAUUGGCGUUUUAGAAAAUAAAGCUGUUUUCCUAGCUCUACAGCUAAUAAGAAUCAUACCCUCAGCUGACAUUUAUUUUAAAUAUUUGAUUUGCAAUCUUGUGUAAUUAGUUCCGGUGUUGUAUUAUGGGAGAACCUAUAUACCUUUAGAAUUAAUUUAUGCGGUGGAGGGAUUAAAGAAUUUACAAAUUCAGUUGGAUAAUGUAUCGCCUCCUCUCUAUCAAUAACAGUAUCAACUAAAUAGUAAAUUUACCAUAAAUACGUUUUUACCGACAUUUUGAAUGUUUUUUUCAAAUUUUACUAGGGAAAAACAAAUAAAUAAAUAAAUAAUAAUAAUAAUUACAAUUAAUUCAGGAAAACCGCAUUUUGGGGAUGGUUUUUAAUAGAGAAAGGAUGUCUAUAACCAUAAACCCACCCCUAGACUCGACCGACCUAAUAAUGUAUUCCCCGGGACUGAUUUUUGAGGAAAAUUAACUACAUCUCACAAAAAAAAAAAAAAAUGUAUAAUGCAGAAAUGGGAUGUAAUAAUUUCAAUAUCCCCGACAGAAAAUAACAAACGUUAAAUACUAAGAUUCCUUGUGAUUGCGUACGAUCACGAAUAUACAAUAUUCCUGCAAAACAAUACAAAAAAAAACAAAAAGAAAAAAACAGAAGAUAAUGGACACUCAUUGAACGCUGGGUCACUGUUAUCGAUGAAAACUUGUGCAAAUAAAACGACAAUAUUUUUCAGAAUUUCCUCAAUUACAUAUUUUUAAUAUAGGUGUUUAGGUAAAUAAAACUCAAUGUAAUGUAAAAUUUCGAAAUAACAAAAGAGAUAAUCAUAAUACUUGUGAUUUAAUUAAUUGAAUUUAUUAUUUUCUAAAAAAAAUUUAAAAUACUAUCAUAAAAUUGAGAUUGAUAUAGUUAACUAUUAACCGUGUUUUCCUGUGAUUGUUCAUUCUUUGUCAAAAGUGUAUAUACAUAAUAAUAUCUAAAUAAGUGCGUUUAAAAUUAUGAACAAGUGUAUUUAAUGUUGAUCGAUUAGCUAAUGACAUAAAAACGGGAAAAUACCAAAUCGAUAACCCACAAUAAUACAUAAAACAAUAAUAACCUAUGUAGAUUAAUAUUUAAUAUUCAUUAAUAAAUUUUGACCAUGAUAUUACAGAAAAACGUAUUUUUUUACAGUGGAAGUGGAUGGAAUGGAUGGAAUAUACGAGAUUCCAUUCAUCUGGUCGGAUUACGGCUGGGAAAUGGACUACGAUGGUAAUUUUUAAUCUAUUCUAAGAAAUAUUCCGUGCAAAAAUUUGAUCACAGGUUUUUUUUUUAAUUCCAUUUUAAACUGUUUGUCGCUAUAAAAGAUAAAAGAAUUUUAAAAUCAGUUAAAUUUCCCUACAUCAAACAUUAUUUGUGCAAUGCUUAGUAAUUCCCACUUCCCUGAGUUUCGAUUUGGUGAAUUAUAGUACCAAUUUAUUAUUUAACCAGUAAUUAAAAUAUUUUUUAGAUUCCCUUCAUCAUCAUAUUUUUAACGGAUUCUUACUAAAAAAAGGUGUUUAGGUUAAUAAAAAGGAAAAAAAUGUAAAAUAUCGAAAAAAGAAAAGAAAUGAUCACAGUAUCACUGAUUUACUCAACUAUCUGCUCAUUUACUAUAAGAAAUACAAAUUAUAUGAUCGAUUUAUUUUAAACGAACCUAAUAGAAUGAUUAAUUUACUAUUAGACGUGGUGUGCUGUGAAUGUUCCCAUCUUUAUGGGAAAGUGUAAAUAUUUUAUAAUACCAAAAUUAGGGCUUUUAAAAUAUAAAAAAGUAAUCAUUUAAUAUGUAGUUCGAUUUAUAUGUGUCCACAAAAUUAAAAAAACAAUUCGAUGACUUCCAAUUAUUCAAAAAAUAAUAAUAUUCUACAUAUAAAUAUAACGAAUUCGUAAAUUUUAGUGUAAUAAUAAAUGUCGAUCAUUAAAUUACAGAUGGUCUCCUUUAUUCUAGUCCCUAUACCAUUGACAAUAUGCCGUUUCAGCUUUUUUUAAUUAUUUCUAUGGACGAUGUUACAGAUCCAUAUAUAACUGUCGAUAUUUCUCAAGAAGUUAUAAUAAAUGGUAAUUAUUAAUCUAUGUAAAAUAGAUAUUCUUCAUAAUAUUUUGUACAAAAAUUUGAUCUCGAUAUUUUCUUUAUUACUUUUGUUACAGGAUAAUAUUUUUUAUAUUUUUAACAACAGCUUCUCCGCCAUCGAUUUAUCAAUUGCAUCCGCAUCAUUAGGAGGAUCAAUAGAAUGGUCAGUUCAAACUUCAUACAAUAGCAAUGAUCACUGGCCGAUUACCUUAAAACUACUCAAAUCCCAACCAACAGAAAAAUCAACUCCCAAAUAG